UUGCUCUCUCGAUACAAGACAUGGGUGGUUUCACUUUUGCACAUGGCCUUGUCCUUAUUGUAGCCGCUUCCUGCAUGUUGGCAGUUAGUACGGCCAACAAGGAUUGGAAGUUUGGGUUUAACAACCAUUGGCCUCCUCACAAAGGUGGCUCCCAUCACCCAAAAUAUAGACAGGCUGCCCCCAACAAGGUCAUCGUCGGCGGCUCCGAAGGCUGGCGCUUCAACUUCAGCUACACUAAUUGGGCUUUCAACAACGGCCCCUUUUACCUCAACGACACUUUGGUUUUCAAGUAUGAUCCGCCAACAGACAAUACCAUAAUCCCUCACAGCGUAUACUUGCUACGAAACCUUCAGAGCUUUAUAACGUGCAACUUAACCGGAGCAGAGAUGUUGGCCAACGUGACGCAAGGAGGCGGGCAGGGCUUCGAGUACGUGCUGAAAAAUUGGAAGCCGCACUACUUUGCUUGCGGUCAGCACGAUGGCAUCCAUUGCAACCAGGGACAGAUGAAGUUCUUUGUCAUGCCAAUGCCCCGUUGGUUUAGAUAAUUGAUACAAAAAGUGACGUCUUUUUUUAUGUUUGUCUGGUAUUCUAUAAGAGUACUUAACCUUCCUUCUGAUUGAGAUGAUAGUGAAAUAAAUGUACCUGCUGUGACUUGGUUUGGACAUGAGAGAAAUGUUUAAAAGGUUGUUCUCUUCUCCUUAGAAAUUAGAACAACCUUAAAUAUUCUUAGUUAAAAUAAUUAUGA